AUGUCGUCAUUACUCCCUGAUGUCAACGCCCUUUCUUUGGAUAGAACGAACUCAAACACGUCUUCCGUCGUAUCUUUAAAACAUGGGUACAUAGAUACACCUUUUUCUGGGAAGAAGGACCAAUUCGAUGAGGUUUUGGAUAUCUUGGACUCUACUGGCUUUAUUCCCGAAGCAUUGAUCGAAUCCGAAGCUAGAUGGUUCUACGAAAGUUUGGGAAUCGAUGACGUUUUCUUUGCAAGAGAGAGCGCUACUGAGAUUGCCAACCACAUCCACUCUUUGUAUUCCUGUAAGGUCCAAGCCUUUGCUAAUUUGGAUAGCAUUGCUGCAACCGACGGUUCAGCUGCUCCAAUAAUUCUGUACAAGAGAGAAGCUGAAGACCAUGCUGUUUACUUCGAUACUUCAUCUCCUGGUACCGAAGGUUACAAGAGAACCAGAUUCGAGGAGAGAAUCGAUGAUAAAUACAUUGAUCCUUCCACUUCAAUUGAAAAUAGUUAUAGAUGUGAACUGUUUUCUGCUCCAUUGAACUUCCAAACUGACCCAAUCUUGAACGGUAUCUUUUCCAAGAACCCUCAACUCAUUAAUAAUCAGACGGUUAGAUGUUAUUUCGUGUAUAAGAACAAUUAUAAUUCUGGUGUCUCAGCAGACAGUAACGAAACCGACUUGAAUAAAAUUGGAGAUUCCAUUUUCUCGAAAAUUGCUUCUCCCAACACCAAGUCCAUCUAUAGUGAAAUCAUUGGCAAGGUUGCCAACACCACUGGUCCAGUUAUCAAGCACAUCCCAAUUGAAGACUCCGAUGAAUUUAGAGUUGUUAUCGGUUUCAAACAAGGUUCUUCUGCCAGAUAUAAUUCCGCUUUAACUGAUUUAGCCAAUUACUAUAAAUUACAAAUCACUAGAAAAUAUGUUGAGCAAUUUUCUAAUGGUGUCACUGUGAUUUCUAUGUAUGUUACUUCCAAACUGAAGAAAAACAGUCAAUUGGAUUUGUCUAUUUUCCAAGUUAUCAAAGAGGCCUCUUUAUUAUACUGUAUUCCUCAUAAUUACUUUCACGAAAGGUUUACCAGUGGUGAAUUAUCACUUCAAGAGAGUAUCUACGCUCAGCUGGGUGUUAUUUUCGUUACUCAUUUCUUAAACAGAUUGGGACCAGAAUAUAAUAAAUUAACUAGUUUAUUGGACCCUUCUAAGCUGAUUGUCCAUGCUGAAGCUUUAAAUUCUUUAAAGAAAAGAUUGAGACUGGAAACUUAUACACAAAACUACAUUAAAGAGGUAUUUCAAGAUAGAAUCGAUAUAAUUAGAAAGUUAUAUAGACAAUUUGCUGAUACUCACUAUAUUAGAUCAUCCAUGGAGAAAACCUUAUCAUACCAAAGAUUAUCUCAGAUUCAACCAGUCGGAUCUGAAGAAGACUUUGAGAAGUUGUUACAGAGAGAAUUUUCUCAAAAUGAGCAUCAUAUUUUGGUUUUAAGAGCCUUGUACGCUUUCAACAAAAGCAUUUUGAAGACAAACUUUUAUACUUCUACCAAGGUUGCUCUUUCUUUCAGAUUGGACCCUUCCUUCUUACCAGUUGAAGAAUACCCAGAUAAGCCAUAUGGUAUGUUUUUCGUUGUUGGUAGUGAUUUCAGAGGAUUCCAUAUUAGAUUCAGAGAUAUUGCUAGGGGUGGUAUCAGAAUUGUCAAAUCUAGAUCAAUCGAUGCUUACAAUGUUAACAUUCGUAAUCUUUUCGAUGAAAAUUAUAACUUGGCUUCCACUCAGCAGAAAAAGAAUAAGGAUAUUCCAGAAGGUGGUUCCAAGGGUGUUAUCUUGUUGGAUCAUGGUGUUGCCCAAGAUAGACCUCAAGCAUGUUUCGAAAAGUAUGUUGAUUCAUUAAUCGAUAUUUUGUUGAAAGAAUACAUCCCAGGUGUUAAAGAUUCUUAUGUGGAUUUGUACAAGAAGCCAGAAAUAUUAUUCUUAGGUCCUGAUGAGGGUACUGCUGGCUAUACUGAUUGGGCCACAUUACAUGCAAGAAAGAGAGGUGCUCCAUGGUGGAGAUCCUUCUUAACUGGUAAGUCUCCACAAAUUGGUGGUAUUCCACAUGACGAAUAUGGUAUGACUACGUUGUCAGUUAGAGCUUAUGUGAAUAAGAUCUACGAGAAGAAGGGAAUUGAAAGUUCCUCUAUUAAAAAGUUCCAAACUGGGGGUCCAGAUGGUGAUCUUGGAAGUAACGAAAUUUUAUUAUCUAGAGAUGAAAACUACGUUGGUUUAGUCGAUGGCUCUGGUGUUAUUGCUGAUCCAAAUGGGUUAGAUAAAGCAGAAUUAAUCAGAUUAGCAAAGGAACGUAAAAUGAUUGAUCAUUACGAUAAAUCAUUGUUAAGUUCAGAAGGUUUUGUAGUUUUGGUUGAUGAUGUUGACGUUAAAUUACCAAACGGUACUAUCGUCACUUCAGGUGUUACAUUUAGAAAUUCAUUCCACUUGAAGUUGCCAGAGAUCUUUGGAAUCGAUGGGGUCGAUUUAUUUGUACCAUGUGGUGGUAGACCAGCAGCUAUCGAUACUAACAAUGUCGAACAAUUAAUUGAUGAGAGAACAGGAAAGAGUAUUGUUCCAUAUUUCGUUGAAGGUGCUAACUUGUUUAUUACUCAAUCAGCUAAGUUAGUCUUAGAAAAGGCAGGAUGUAUCAUCUUUAAAGAUGCCUCUACCAAUAAGGGAGGUGUUACUUCAUCUUCAUGUGAAGUCUUAGCAGCCUUAGCUUUUGAUGAUAAGGGAUUUUUGCAUAAUAUGUGUGUCGAUCCAGACACUGGAGCAAAACCUCAAUUCUACCAAGAUUACGUCAAGGAAGUGCAAAGGGUUGUCGUAUCAAAUGCUCAAGCUGAAUUUGAGCUGUUAUGGGCAUUGAAAGAAGCCACCGGAAUCACAUUCACAGAAUUGAGUGACAAGUUAUCAGUUACUAUUAAUAAAUUAGCUGAUGAAUUAGCCAAUUCACAUGAAUUGUGGAAUGACGAUAUUGAUUUCAGAAAUGCUGUCUUAUUGGAUUCAUUGCCACCAUUAUUAUUGAGAGAAAUUGGAAUUGCAAACAUCUUAAGUAGAGUUCCAGAAGCAUACUUGAAGGCAUUGUUUGCUACCCAUUUAGCUUCCAGAUUCGUUUACUCCAGAGGAAUCGAUAGUAAUCCAGCCAAGUUCUUAGAAUUCAUUUCUUCAAUCAGAAAGGAAUACGUUAAGAAGAGCAUUCUUAAAUAG